AUGAGCAACGAAUCCCGAAAUCAAGGUUCCAGAUGGGGCAGCGUCAUUAGCGGGCUCUGGAGUGGCACCCGAAGAAGGGACUCGACUAAUACGCCUGGCGAUGGGUUCCAGCCUCCCUUGAGCCCCGGGUACCUCCCAUCGCCCACCAAGCCAACACAAGCAGGAAUCGAUCGAUCUAGCAGAACAAAAUCUGUGGCCGAGAUGGCGCAGGAACUUUCCCUCCCAGAUCCGAGUCUGGACGAUGGCCAGAUGCCUAGAGGAAACGAGCCUGAAACACCGCGUGUCCCCCAACAGGAUCGAAGCGACGGCUCUGAAGCGUUGGCGCAAGGCCGCAGAUGGCCGGAGCCCGGGGCGAGCUUUGAGUCCCGAGUGAAGACUACCGUUAAUCGUGAGGAUGGUAUCGUUGAUGUAGACGUCCCGUUCCCUGACUUUCUCAUGAACCCUCAUUCAUUCGAUACGGCUGUUAGCUCGCCGUCGAGUAGCGGUUACCUUUCAACACCUGUCCUGGGAAAUGCGACGGAUACUUUUGAGCAGGCGUGUCGUCUCGCACUGGAAGGCGACAUGCCCCUGAACAGCGCAGGCUGGCUGCAGGCGUACCAUCCUGAUUUUGUUCUCCAAGCAAUCCCCCUCAGCGCGACCUGCUCAAAGAGCUCCAAGGAUGAUACUUCCCACCGUUGGGUCGACAUCAGCAGCGCGGUCAUCGCGGACAUGACUACCGGAAAAGUCUUUAGGAUUCGAUAUCGGCGGUUGAUGAAGCCUAGACAAUGGAUUGACAAGACCGCCGGCUCUCGCUCAGGAACUGGGGGAGGGGUGUAUGGCGGCGUGCUCUUGACCCCUUCCAUCCUGCCUUACGAAGCAACGCUGAAGGAGGAGUUCAUUCAGGAUGAAAUUUCUAACGUCGAUGAACGCCUUGCCGAUGCCGUUGAGCGCGUCAUUGCCCACAUUGGUGACAAUGGAAAAGCCCUGUCCUCUAACUCGUCGCGCUCCAAUAGCAAGGCGCGGCGUGGGGAUGGUCGGCGUCGUCUCAGCACCUCGUCGCCUCCGCCGGAAGAGGCUGUCGGGGACGAUGCGCCUCAAACAGCUCUUGCUAUGCCUGAAGUCCCGAGGAACGAAUGCCGGACAGUCAUUUUGUCCGCACUCGCUGACUUGAUCCAAGAUGUCGUGGUGAGGCGAGGCGAGGAUGCGAACGCCAGCCCCUCCGGGGAGCAGAGCGCUAUCCGUCUCGCUAUUAGAGACUGGCUAGACAGCUUGGACUUGGCAAGCGAGUAG